UACAAUCACUGGUCCUGUCAGUAGCAGAGGUACCCUAGGAAUCCAAGGAGAACCACGGUGUACAGGACAGCCACCAUGACCAAGCUGACAGUCUUAGCAGGCGUGCUCCUGGUCGUCUGCCAGUUAGGUGCUGCCCUCGAGAUGGGGUGCUAUUUCACCAACUGGGCCCAGUACAGACCCGGGACCGGAAAAUACAUGCCCGCUAACGUUGACCCCUUCCUGUGCACCCAUCUCCUCUACGCCUUCGCCAUGAUCAACCACAACAACGAGCUCAUCACGUACGAGUGGAACGACGAGACUCUCUACAAGGCCUUCAACGACCUGAAGAACAAAAACCCCCACCUGAAAACACUUCUGGCAGUUGGAGGAUGGAACUUUGGGUCAUCUCGGUUCUCCAUCAUGGUGUCUACCCCAGCCAACCGCCAGACGUUCAUCCAGUCGUCCAUCAAGUUCCUGCGAACGUACGGCUUCGACGGGCUCGACCUGGACUGGGAGUACCCCGGGUCUCGAGGGAGCCCCCCAGAGGACAAGAAGAGAUUCACCCUCCUGGUCAAGGAGCUCCUGGAGGGCUACGAGGCGGAAGGAAAGGCUACCGGACGCCCCAGGCUGAUGCUGUCAGCAGCGGUGUCUGCCGGGAAAGGAACCAUCGACGCCGGCUACGAGAUCGCUGAAGUCGGAAAGUACCUGGACUUCAUCAAUGUGAUGACGUACGACUUCCACGGGGCCUGGGAGCAGGUCACUGGGCACAACAGCCCCCUGUACGUUGGGGCUCACGACCAAGGGGACUUCAAGUUCUUCAACAUUGACUUUGCCAUGAGGUACUGGAGGGACAAUGGCGUCCCCAGCGAGAAGCUCAGGAUGGGCUUCGCCACGUACGGCCGCACGUUCCGCCUCACAUCGACGGCGUCCAAUGGGGUCGGAGCUCCGGUGUCCGGCGCUGGCUCUCCCGGGUCCUACACACGGGAGGCCGGCUUCUGGGCAUACUACGAGAUCUGCACUUUCCUCCAAGGCGCCAAUAUGCAAUGGAUUGCUGACCAGAAAGUUCCUUAUGCCUCCAAGGGAAAUGAGUGGGUGGGAUUUGACACGCAGGAGAGUUAUGAAACCAAGGUUCGUUACCUGAAGGACAUGAAGUAUGGAGGCGCCUUUGUGUGGGCCCUGGACCUGGAUGACUUUGAAGGACAGUUCUGUGGGCAAGGACAUCAUCCACUUAUGGGCCACCUACGCAAGCUCCUGGAUAUUGAACUGCCACCCAUCACGACCCCAGAGCCUGGUCCCCCAACUGAAAAACCGCCAACUGAAAAGCCUGACCCGCCGACUGAAAAGCCUGACCCGCCAACUCCACCCCCUCCCCCCACCGUCACCCCUGACUCAGGUUUCUGCGCUGGCAAGCCCGACGGUAUCUAUGCCAACCCGAAGGACCCCACCCAGUUCUAUGAGUGUGCGGGGGGCAAGAGCUUCCUCAAACGCUGUGGCGACGGCACCAUUUUCGACGACAGCUGCAAGUGCUGCUCCUGGCCCAAGCCCCCAUUUAUUACCUCCUAGCUCACAGCAUUAGCCAGGGGCCUGACCAACCUGUGAGGCCCUCUGGAGGCAGACAGCGAAAACGCACAUUCUCAUAAUUGUUUUCUUGCACUAAAACCAGGUAAGAUGCUUUGUGUAAAUACAACACACACAAAAAAAAUGUAUUAAAAAAAUAUUGAAAUAAUUGCAAAGCGCUCUUAUAAUGCUGUAAAUGGGAGGAAUGCACACCCAAAUGUUAAUGCGGUGCAAAUCAGUGGGGAGCAAACGUUCAAAAAUAAGGAGAAUUACACACACUCUUGCCCUGAUAAAGGCAAAUAGGGCUCUGACACUGCUUGUGUUCCUCCAAAUAAACGAAGGAGCCGAGUCAGUAAUCUUAUUUUUGAAUGUUAGGUUUUGUGGAGAAGGCUGAUUCCUUGCGUACUCUUUCCAUUCUUUCUGAGCUCAUAAAAUAAAAAUGCAUUUCUGCGUCAUUACAA